AUGGCAUCUGUCCCUAAAGCGAUGCGUGCGGUAUUGAUCAAAGGCGACAAAGGCCCUUCGAGCGCGUUGUACAUUGGCGAUGCGCCGACACCCAAAAUUGACCUUACUAGCAAUAAUGUAAUUGUCAAGACAAAGGCGUUUGCAUUGAACCGCAUGGAUUUGCUGCAGCGCGAGGGAAAAUACCCUGUGCCUCCAGGCGCGAGCAAGAUUCUUGGCGUCGAGUUCAGCGGCACGGUCGCCGAGGUUGGCAGCGGCGCGGCGCACUUCAAGGUCGGCGAUCCUGUGUUUGGCCUGACCAUGGGCGGUGCCUACGCCGAGUACGUGAGCAUUCCCGCGCCCAUGUUGCUGCACAAGCCUUCGGCGCUUUCGUGGGUCCAAGCUGCGGCGAUCCCCGAGGCGUUCCUCACCGCAUACCAAGCACUGCACGUCAUUGGUGAGCUCAAGCGCGGCGAGGACGUUUUGGUUCAUGCCGGGGCUUCAAGCGUUGGCCUCGCUGCGAUCCAGCUGGCGAAAAAUGCAGGUGCGAACCGCAUUUAUGUCACGGCAGGCACGGCGGGCAAGAUGGAUACUUGCAAGUCGCUUGGUGCUACGGACGCGUUCAAUUACAAAGAGGAGAACUGGAAGGAUGCACUGAUGCGUGCUACCGAUAACAAGGGCGUCGACAUCAUUAUGGAUUUUGUUGGUGCGCCGUACUUUGCCAACAACAUUGCCUCGCUCAAGCUGGACGGACGUUUGAUCAUCCAAGGCCUCAUGGGCGGGUACAAUGUCCAAGAUUGCAACAUUGUGCCCAUUCUGUUAAAGCGCUUGCGCAUCGAAGGCAGUACUUUACGCAGCCGCGGCCUCGAGUACCAGUCCAUGCUCGUACAAGACUUUUUCCACGGCGGUGGUCUCGAUGCGAUCGUGCAUGGCUCGUCCACGGGCCAUACCGAACUCGAGGACCGCGUGCGUGUGUACAAGGUAGUUGACUGGAAAGACAUCAAAGACGCGCAGGAUGAGAUGGCCGAAAACAAGAGUAGGUUGAAAGCGUGCCUUGGGCAGACACUGACGCGCAGACACUGGAAAGAGUACGCCAGCACGGAAAACUGA